GAGAGAAGGGAGAGAAGAGGAAGAGUGAGAGGGUGGUGUUAGCCCUUCCCAGCCGCUUGCUCCGUGCAGGAAGGCUGUUGCCAGUCGGUUGUCUGACCGUGUUAGUAUGUGCAAGGUUGUAUAAAUGCGUUCAUCCGAGUUGCCAGGUCGUCGUCCCACCACCUAACGACUCGCAGUGCAAUGGUUAAGAUCGCAAUGACGGGGACACACUUGUUGCGGGUACGGCCACAACAGCGCACAUCUUGCCUGUUGUCUAUACGAGAGGCCCUUCUUCUACUGGUCCUUCUUCUUUUGAGCAUCAAUAAGGUUAUCGUCCUCGUCGACGCUGCCGAUAGCAGUGAAGAUGCUGCUGGCGGCGGCGGCGGUGGUGGUCUUGGCGGCAAAGAAAUGAUAAAACCUUACAGCCUGGAUACGUCCAUGACAGAAGAUUGGGCCGGACUGCGGAUGCAAAGGCAUCGAUGUGUGGACAUUCCGUCGAAUCUAACUCUCUGCCAAAACGUCGGCUAUAAACAAAUGAGAUUGCCCAACUUCUUUGCCCACGACAAUAUACCCGAGGUGGGGCAACAAUCAGCAAUAUGGAUAUCAUUGAUCGGCCGAAAAUGCCACCCGGACACCAAACUCUUCCUCUGUUCUCUAUUCACCCCGAUUUGUUUAGAACAGGUAAUAAACCCCUGCAACUCUUUGUGUACGGCCGUCAAACAGAGCUGUGAGUCUAUUAUGGUCCAAUGGGGAUACCCUUGGCCGAAGAUACUCGGCUGUGAUCAAUUUCCACUGGAUCAUGAUUUGUGUAUCCACCCGCAACAUACCAUUCCAGACUUUGAGUCACUCUGUUGCUCCCGCGCCACAUUUGAAGCAUUUCUGGUCUUGGUUGUCCUGGACUUAGCUUAUAGUGAUGGUGGACAGAACCACACAGCCAGCUUCGUUCUCUUGAGUUGUCUUCUUGGACAAAAGGCUCGGUAA